AAAGAUCCGCGGUCACACUGAUCGAACACUACUAGGGCGUCUGUGACUCGUGAAAAAAGUGAUUAUAUUGAAAAGGUUUUUACUUCAAACUGGUGUAAUUGUGCAAAUACAAGUACAAUGGCUGACUUGAAUGAUUCCAACGGAAACUACGACGACAACGAUGAGCAGAUUACCGAGCCGGAGCAGCUGCGCAAGCUGUUCAUCGGCGGCCUGGACUACCGCACCACGGACGACGGCCUGAAGGCGCAUUUUGAGAAAUGGGGCAAUAUCGUAGAUGUGGUCGUCAUGAAGGAUCCGAAGACAAAACGGUCGCGCGGCUUUGGGUUCAUCACCUACUCGCAGUCCUACAUGAUCGACAAUGCCCAGAACGCUCGGCCCCACAAGAUCGACGGCCGCACCGUCGAGCCGAAGCGUGCUGUGCCGCGCCAGGAGAUCGAUGCCCCCAACGCUGGGGCCACGGUCAAGAAGCUGUUUGUGGGUGGCCUACGUGACGACCAUGACGAAGAGUGCCUGCGAGAGUACUUCAAGGACUUUGGCCAGAUCGUCGGCGUGAACAUCGUGUCGGACAAGGACACCGGCAAGAAGCGCGGAUUCGCCUUCAUCGAGUUCGACGACUAUGAUCCCGUUGACAAGAUCAUUCUCCAGAAGACCCACACCAUCAAGAACAAGAGCCUCGACGUGAAGAAGGCCAUAGCCAAGCAAGAUAUGGAUCGUCAGGGUGGUGGCGGAGGCGGCGGCGGUGGUGGUGGUGCUGGAGGUGGAGGAGGCAGUGGUGGCGGCGGUGGUGGUGGUGGCCGUGGCGGCCCUGGUGGACGCACAGGAGGUCGUGGCGGAGAUCGUGGCAGCCAAGGUGGCGGCUGGAGCAACAAUCGCCAGAACGGCGGCGGCAAUUGGGGCGCCGGUGGCGGUAGCUUCGGCAACAAUGGCAACUUUGGUGGCAGCCAGGGCGGUAGUUCCGGCGGCUGGAAUCAGCAGAGCGGCGGCAGCGGUCCCUGGAACAAUCAGGGCAGCAGCGGCGGCGGCUGGAACAACGGCGGCGGUGGUGGUGGCUACGGCGGCGGAAGCAGCAACGGAAACUGGGGUGGCAACGGCGGAGGAGGCGGCGGCUUUGGCAACGACUACCAGCAGAGCUAUGGCGGCGGCCCGCAACGGAGCAACAACUUUGGCAACAGCCGGCCUGCUCCAUACAGCCAAGGCGGCAGCGGAGGCGGUGGUGGUUUCAACAAAGCAUCUUCUGAACUUGCAGGUGGAAACCAAGGAGGCGGCGGCGGCCAGGGCUUCGGGGGCAACAACUACAACACUGGAGGAGGCGGCGGCGGCCAGGGUGGAAACAUGGGCGGCGGCAAUAGACGUUACUAGACAAGGUAAUCACGUAGAGAGUCAGUUCAAGCUUCAAGCUAGACAAACAGGCAGUCUAGGCGCAGGCAGACACAGACUCAGACAGGCACAGGCAGAGGCAGGCAAUCAG